UUUCAUCAAUAAAGUGUAAAUGUGACUCUCGACUCUUCAGGACUCUUAUCAGCUAAAUGGAGAUACUCAUAAUGCUUUAUUGUUAACAGUGAGUGAAGCCGCAAGAAGCUCAGUACUCCUGGAUGGUUGAAAUCUUGAGGAGCAGCAUCAGUCAGGCAGUGCAGCAGGAGCCAUGUCUCUGCCCUUCCGAAAAGAGCUGGAGAAGUACAAGAAUAUUAAUGAAGAUGAAAUACUCAGCAAACUCUCGGAGGAUGAACUGAAACAGCUAGAGCAUGUUCUUGAUGACCUGGAUCCUGAGAACGCCUUGCUUCCAGCAGGAUUUCGGCAAAAGGACCAGACCACUAAACCUGCCACGGGCCCCUUCGACAGGGAACGCCUGCUCUCGUACUUGGAGAAGCAAGCGCUUGAGCACAAAGACAGAGAAGACUUUGUACCGUUUACAGGGGAAAAGAAAGGAAAAAUAUUUAUCCCUAAAGAAAAGCCCAUAGAAACCCGUACAGAAGAGAAAGUGACCCUGGAUCCGGAACUAGAAGAAGCCCUGGCCAGCGCUUCGGAUACAGAGCUCUAUGACCUUGCAGCUGUUCUUGGAGUGCACAACAUGGUCAACAACCCAAAAUUUGAUGAAGGAGGAGCCCGCAGUAAGGAUGGAAAAGGAACCGUGAGAAAUGUGGUGAAAGGUGAAAAGGUCAAGCCCAUCUUCGAGGAGCCACCUAAUCCGACCAAUGUGGAAGCAAGUUUACAAAGGAUAAAAGCAAAUGACCCUAGUCUCAUAGAAAUUAAUCUCAACAACAUAAAGAAUAUUCCUAUUCCAACACUGAAAGAAUUUGCAAAAGCUUUGGAAAGCAACACGCAUGUGAAGACAUUCAGCCUUGCAGCUACUCGAAGCAAUGACCCUGUAGCUAUUGCAUUUGCAGAUAUGCUGAAAGUGAACAAAACACUGAAGAGUCUGAAUGUAGAAUCCAACUUCAUCACUGGGACGGGUAUUUUGGCACUGAUUGAUGCACUGAAAGAGAAUGAAUCCCUGACAGAGAUUAAAAUUGACAACCAGAGGCAGCAGCUGGGGACAGCUGUAGAGAUGGAGAUUGCCAAGAUGCUAGAGGAGAACUCCAAGAUUCUCAAGUUUGGAUACCAGUUCACAAAGCAAGGUCCAAGAACCAGGGUAGCAGCAGCUAUCACUAAAAACAACGAUCUGGUUCGUAAAAAGCGGGUGGAAGGAGAGCGGCAGUAGCCACGCCGUGGAGGAUGCAAGGCAAGAUUGGAGGCCACCAACAACUGCAAUCUCAGAGUGCUCACUGGUCAGAAGGGAAGGCACUGGAAAACCAUUACGAUGGGAGUUGCUCAUUUCUGUUAAUGUCUCCUUUUAACCUUGAAAACACAGCCUGUUCAUUUUUAACUUUUGUGGUUAAUUUAAUUUUUCUGAGAAAGAUUCAUAGUUGGUUUGAUUUUAAUGAAAAAAAUGUUUUGCAAUAUCUGAAGCCAACAUGCAGAAUCUUAACUGUGUUACUGAGCAUAACAUGUAGUGACUCUGACCCUUAUUUUAGACACUUUUUGAUACGUUAAAAAAUGAUCUUGUGUAUGGAUAAGGGAUUCUCUGCUAAAAAUAGAAAUUUUAGGGCCAAGUUCUGCAAUGCCUUAUGUUUGUGAAUAAUCCUUACUUGUAUGUGUAUAGUCCUGCCGAAAGGAAUCCUGCAAUGGGAUGCUCCCAGGUGUAGAGGUAGUAACGCCAGUACAGGUUUGCAGGAUCACACCCUUGAGCCUCUCUCCUGCAGCGGGAUGUGGGCAGCUGGAACCACAUUGGAGCAGCACCCUUCUACCUUCUUGGGUCUCCACCUGUCCAGGUCCAAGUGCAGGAUCACGCCUAGACGUAUAAACAUUGUCAAAGCCUACUUGUUUACAUAAGCUUAGGUUAGCUGGAUCAUUCCGCAAUGUUACACUGGUACUUGCUAUCCUUACUCCACAUUGUAAAGUAAUAUUAGUGCUGCCAAUCCUAUAGACUUCGAAUGUUUUGGUUUUUUCCCUAGGCCAACAGGUUUUUAUUUGCUACUAGAAGGCACAGUUUACAGCUAUUAAUCUUAAUCUAAACAAGUAUUCUGAGCAAUAUUUGUUUUGCUUUGAGCCAUGCGUUUGACUUUUUUUAGUUCUGGUAUUUAUGUACAUUUGUUAGUAUUACAGAACUGUUCUCAGGACCUUUUAGAUGAAGAUUAAUUAAAUAGUUAAUCC